AUGACCGACUGGGUCGGUUGGCUAUUGAAGGCAUUCUACUAUUAUGGACACCUGAUCGGUUUGGGUAAUUUUGAGAUUAACUGGCGGACAGGUCGAGUCCUUACGACCCCAAGGAGCACCAUUUAUGCCAUCGUGGUUAACGUCCUCAUCUUUAUUGUCCUGGUUGCGCAACUCUCCAAGCGAACUGAUCCCAAUGUUUUCUUUGGAAAAACAAACAAGCUUCAUCAUUAUGUUAUCGUCGUUAUGGUCGCGCUGAGAAUAGCUUCAGGACUUUCCACCGUUCUCAAUCGAUGGCGUCAGCGGGCCAAAUUGAUGCGAUUGGCCAGAAAAGUGCUGCGACUUUUUGAGGAAAAACCGCAGGUGAAGGGAAUGUCUCGCUGGGGCAUUCUUAUCAAGGUCAUCAUAUCCACGGUGACUGAUCUCGUGCAAAUAGCCAUCGCCUGGGAUGCAGUGGGUCGUCUGGACUCGAAUCAAUCUGUAGGAAUGACCUUGAACUUUUGGAUGUCGGCCAUUAUUAACUUGGCCAUAUCGCAGCAUUAUUUGGUAGCCCUCUUCGUUCGAGCCUAUUAUCAUCUGCUCAACACGGAAUUGCGACAGGUGAUCGACGAGAGCAGAAAGUUGAGCUAUCUGCCUUUUAGAAAGGGGUCCUUCAUGACCAGGUGCUGUUCCCUGGCGGAUCAGGUGGAUAAUAUAGCUAGGCUCCAGUCUGAACUGCAAUCCAUUGUCACCCAGUUGAAUGAGGUCGUUGGAAUCCAAGGACUGAUGGUCUACAGUGGUUACUACAUAUUCUCAAUUGCUACUUCUUACCUCACCUAUAGUGUCCUCAAAAAUGGUCCCGAAAAUCUACAGUUGUCUAUCCCAGCUGUCAUAUUGGCCUUCAGUUGGUGUUUCUUCUUUUAUCUGGAUGCCAUGAUCAAUCUGUUUAUUAUGCUGAAUCUUCAAGAUGAUCACAAGGUAAUGUUAUGUCUUCUGGAGGAGAGAACACUGUUUGCUUCCCGUUUGGAUGUUCGUUUGGAGGAAUCCUUUGAAAGCAUUCAAUUGCAGCUGAUACGAAACCCCUUCAAAAUUGAAAUAUUGAAACUAUUCUGCAUUGAUCGCAGUUCAACUACCGCCAUGUUUGGAUCCCUAAUAACGAAUUCCAUAUUUCUCAUUCAAUAUGACAUGGAAUACUUUUGA